GCAGGGGCCGGCAGCCGCGCGAGGGUCUCGCUGCUGGCGCCGCGCCUGCUGGUCUGGGCCGCUCCUGGGGACGGGGAGCGGGCCGCGACGGACACCACCCUGGGGAUCCUCCUGGGCCUCAGCCGGAGCUGGCGCCGCCUGCAGGGCCUGCUGGGGGACAGCAGCAGCAGCAGCAGCAGCGGAGGCGGCAGCAGCGGGGGCGAAGAGGAGCCGAAGGAGUUCCUGGGCUUCCAUUCAGAGGAUGACGCCUCUCAGAGCUCGCUGCGUGCUGCUCUACGUUUUAAAAGAGGCGCAGUGCUGCCGGCACGUGGUCGGAAAAAAAGGGGGCUUGCUGAGGACACCCUUUCCAAGCGGCUGUCGAAGCAGAGAGCUGUGGAAUCCCAGAGGGAGCGGAUGGUGAAGGCUUUGGCUGAGCUGCUUCAGAGCAACAAGGGGUCUCCAGCAAGGACAGAUCGGCUGUCGGCUUCCAGCCCCCAAGCUGGCGGCAUGCUUCCUGAGCAGCCUGAAGCAGACCCAGAGCCUGGUGACCCCACAAAACCCUCCGUCUCCCCUGCCCUCCCGUCCCAAAUGGAGAAGGACCUCAACUCUGUUGUGUCGCCCAGGCCGCGAGGCCGGCCACGGGGCUCUUUCACAAAGAGGCUCGUUGCGAGACCCAAGCCUCCUUGUCACAGCACGAAAGCUCCAGAUUCCACCCUGGAACCCAGCAGCAGCAGCAGCCCUCGGUCACCCUCGCCGUGCCAGGCGGCCAGCCCCUCCCCUCCGCCCCAGGAGCCCCCGAAGAAGCCGCCACUCAUCCUGAAGUUCUUCUCAAAGGCCAAGCGGCACAAGUCCGGCCAGCUGGUGGUGACCCACGUCCGGCUAAAAACUCCCGGGCACAGGAGGGGCCGCAAGAGGAAGUGGAGCGUUGUGCCGAGGAAGGGAAUCUCCCCACUUCCUUCCCGGUCUGUAUCGGAGUCAGAGGCACCUUUGUCAGAGUCAGACGGGUCUGCCCCAGAGCCGGAACAGAAAAAGGAGUCUUCUACUCCAGAAUCUCAGGCAGAAGUCCUUUCCCCAGAGCCAGAGCCAGAGCCAGAGCCCCAGCCAGAACUUGCUGCCCCAGAGCCACAACUGGAGGUGAUUGCCCAAGAAUCUGAGCAACUGUCAGAGGCUCCUGUCCUGGAGCUGGAGGCUUCUGAGCCAGAACCAGAAGCUCCAGCACCAGGAGGUGGCGUUCCUGCUUCGCCCAGUGAGAUAGCUGGCCAACAAGAGCACCAGCAGCCCUGCCCGCAGAGUGAUGGGUCAGGAGUUGUUUCCGAGGAGGGGACUUCCAGCAUUGCCCUUUCCACGCGGGCGCAAUGUUUGAAAAGGGGUCGCGGGCGUCCUCCCCUGACCGCUACGCAGCGGGCCCAGCGUUUGGCUUCUCAGCACCUGCCGGCCAAAGCCAGGGAGGAGGCUCUAGCAGCUGCACAGCAGCCUGGCGGGCCUGGCUUCGAAGAGGCGCCAGGUCACAAGGCCAACUUCCUGAAGAAUAUCCGCCAGUUCAUCAUGCCCGUGGUGAGCGCCCGCUCGUCGCGCCUCAUCCGGACCCCCCGCCGCUUUAUGGACGAGGUUCCGCAGAAGGCAGCCAAGCCCAUGGAAAGCGCUGCAGCGGAUGGGGCUUGUGCAGACAAGCAGGAGACUCCCAUGCUGCCGUUGCUGGAGACUCCCCUUCAGCUGACUCCCCCAGCCCCUAGCUCCCCGGAUAAAGAUACCUCUCGGGCCCUGUCGCCCCCGCCUUCCCCCAAUGUGCCCCUCCUAACUUCCUCCAUUCCCGCCCUACCUGAGAAGCGCCGUUCCAUCCUUCGGGAGCCCACUUUCAGGUGGACCUCGCUGAGCCCCCCGUCGCCCCCCAAGGAUACGGGCAAGGCGCUCUUCCAUCUUCCUUGUGAAGAUUUGUCUCCUUUGCUCAGCACUCCAGCGCCAACCCCAUCUCCCCCGGCCAAGCGGACCCCGCUGCUGCGAGCCCCGCAGUUCACACCCAGCGAGGCACACCUUAAGAUCUACGAAUCUCUGACGGUGUCUCCUGAGGAAUCUGACCUAGUGCCUGCGUCCCCCGAGCUCAGGAGGGACCUCCCCGCACUGCAGCAAGAGGGUCUCCUGCUCCCUUACGAGCCAGUGGUGACCCGCAGUGGCAAGAAGCUGUUGGGAAGGACGAACCACCUUGCCCUGCCCCUCUUCCCAGAGGUUUCUAGGCCACUUGGGGCUCAGGGCAAAGAGCUGAUCACCAUGGAGGAUGUCAAUUCUCCUGGCGUAGUUCACAAGGUGGCCAUCCGGAGGAUUCUGCCUCCGUCAGCCCAAGUGGAAGAGGAGGAGGAGGAGGAGGAGGUGGCAGCUGAGAGUUCAGAGAGUGAGGGAGAGCCAGCUAGCCUGCGCUCGGAGGCACUGAAGCCCCCUCCAGAGGAGCCCAAGCCCCUUAUUACCCAGCUGUCAAGCAUGGAUAAGGUAUACAGCUUGCUCACUCGUGCCAAGGUGCAGCUGUACAAGAUCGAUCAGCAGAAGCACUUCAAAAUGACGCCGGGGUGUCAAACAGUCAAUACUGAGCUCUUUGAGACUCCAAAGGUCCCCGUUAAGCAGGAGGUGACUACUGAACUCAAAGUGGCAGAAGAGGACAGGAAAGAGGACAGGAAGCAGGGCCAAGAGUCCCCCGUGCAGGGCCCUCGGAUCAAGCACGUGUGUCGGCAUGCCUCAGUGGCCCUGGGGCAGUCUCGUGCCAUGGUGCCAGAGGAUGUGCCGCGCCUCAGUGCCCUGCCGCUGCGGGAGAGGGAGGAGAUCGCUGCAUCGCCCACAGUAGAGGAGACCUCUUCAGCCUCAGAGAGCGAAAGCGGCCACCAGAAGCAAGUGAAGGCAGAUACCGCCGUCAAGGCCGCGCCACCCCCUGUACGGCGACACGUCUCCCACCAUCACCACCACCACCACCACGGCAAGAAGAACAGAAUGACGCGCUGCGGGAAGUGCAAAGGCUGCCUGAAGCUGCAGGACUGUGGGGAGUGCAUCAACUGCCUAGACAAGCCGAAGUUUGGCGGGCCAAACACCAAGAAGCAGUGCUGCGUGUAUCGGAAGUGCGACAAGAUCGAGGCGCGGCGGGUGGAGCGGCUCUCUAAGAAAGGCCGUACGGUAGUGAAGCCCAUCGUCCCCUGGGAUUCGGAGGAUUCUCAAGAGGAGUUCCCAGCCCCCUGGGAAGUCAUGCUGGGGGCCACGGAGACAGCGGAGCAAGACUCCCUGCUGCAGCGCAAGUCGGCCCGGCGCUGCGUCAAGCAGAGGCCUUCCUAUGACAUCUUUGAAUCCUCUGACUCGGAAAAAGAGACGUUGUCCGGCUCAGCCACGCAUCGCCGGAAAUCCUCCCGGGACUCAGAUCUGCUUCCCAUGGAUUCGGAGGAGCAGAGUCGGCCCCGCAGGACCCCCCUCCAGCCUGUGGUGCAGCUGAAGGCCAGAAAAAGACCAGAGAAGGAUGUCCCAUCGUCUGGCACACUCCCAUCUGUCUCCAACGGCUGGAACGGGAAGCAGAAAUCCACGGAUGGCAUCCACAGGCUCAGAGUUGAUUUCAAGGAGGACUGUGACCUGGAGAACGUCUGGCUGAUGGGUGGCCUCAGCAUCCUCACCUCGGUGCCGGUCACCACGCAGGUGGUGUGCCUGCUGUGUGCUAGCAAGGGGUUCCAUCAGCUUGUGUUCUGCCAGGUGUGCUGCGACCCCUUCCACACCUUCUGCCUGGAGGAGGAUGAACAGCCAUUGCCCGAUCAGGAGGAAAGCUGGUGUUGUCGCCGCUGCAAAUUCUGCCACGUCUGCGGCCGCAAAAACAAGGCAUCCAAGCAACUGCUGGAGUGUGAGCGCUGCAGGAACUGCUAUCACCUGGCUUGCCUUGGGCCGAACUACCCCACUAAACCUUUCCGUAAGAGGAAGGGCUGGAUCUGUUCGGCCUGCAUCCGCUGUAAGAGUUGCGGGACAGCUCCAGGGAAGAACUGGGACACAGAGUGGUCUAGUGACUACAGCUUGUGCUCUGCCUGCUCUGUGCUCUACGAUAAAGGUAACUACUGCCCAAUCUGCUUGCACUGCUAUGAAGACAAUGACUACGAGAGCAAGAUGAUGCAGUGUGCCAAGUGUGACCACUGGGUUCAUGCCAAGUGUGAGGGACUCUCAGAUGAAGGCUAUGAGAUCUUGUCCAACUUACCCGAGAGCGUCAUAUACGCUUGCCGGCCCUGCUGCGGCAGUGACAAGGCCAAGUGGCGGGAAGUCCUCACCUUGGAGUUGCGUAAGGGUCUCCGGCAGGUGCUCCAGGGGCUGAUGAGUUCCAAGUGUGCCACCCCGCUGCUUCAGUGCACACAGUGCUGCCCGGAUGACGGCGUGAAGGUUCACCUGCGGCCCUGUGACCUGCGCACUGUCAACAAGCUGUUUGAACAGGGUCACUACUCGUCCGUGCAUAGCUUCAAUGAGGACAUGGUGGGGGUCCUGCUGGGGCACACGGAGGAAGACCAGACCGGCCUUAUGGCAAAGGCACUCUACAUCGAGCUGAUGGAAAAGUUCUUCAGCUGGUUUGAUGCUCAGGAUGUAAAGCACUGGACCCGCAGCAGCACCCUCCCCAAUGGCAUGCUUCCUAACGCUGUUCUGCCUCCCUCCUCUGACCACAUCUAUGCUCAGUGGAGGCAGUCUGAGGAGGUCAUCUCGGCUGCCAACAGCCACCUGACUUCUACUGGGUCUGAAAAGACAGCUGGGAAAGACUCAGAACAUGCCGUGCUGCAGCAGCCGUUGGAUGACCCUGAGGACAAGAGACAGUGUGCCUUGUGCCUCCAGUAUGGAGAUGCUCCUUCUAAGGACGCAGGGAGGCUGCUGUACAUCGGCCAGAACGAGUGGACACACGUCAACUGUGCCAUCUGGUCAGCGGAGGUCUUUGAGGAGAACGAUGGCUCCCUGAAGAACGUGCAUGCUGCCGUAGCCCGGGGUCGGCAAAUGCGCUGCGAACACUGUCAACGUACGGGGGCCACGGUUGGCUGCUGCCUCUCCGCGUGCAUCAGCAACUACCACUUCAUGUGUGCUCGCCUCUGCCAGUGCACCUUCCAGGAUGACAAGAAAGUCUUCUGCCAGAAGCACGUUGACCUCCUGGAUGGGACAGAGAUAGUUGCUGAAGAUGGGUUUGAUGUCUUGCGCCGCGUCUACGUUGACUUCGAGGGCAUCAGCUUUAAGAGGAAGUUCAUGGUGGGCCUGGAGCCAGACACCAUCAACAUGAUGAUAGGCUCCAUGAAGAUCGACAGCUUGGGGAUGCUGACAGAUCUGUCCGAGUGCGAGGGACGCCUCUUUCCCGUAGGCUACCAGUGUUCCCGUAUUUAUUGGAGCACGGUGGACGCCCGCAAGCAGUGCUGGUACAAGUGUCGCGUCCUGGAGUACCGGCCCAAGCUGAGUCCAGAGGAGCCUGAUGCCUCGGGAGUGCAGGAGGAGAACCACACGAUAGUGCACAGCCCAGCUGCCCCUGCAGAUCCUAAACUUGGGAAUGAGCACCUUCAGGAUGUGCCCCCUCCACUGCCGCCGCUGGAGCGCCACUCCCCCGCGCAGAACCCAGGGCCUCUGCCACCCCCGGAGUCUGCGGCCUCCAAACACAGGUCUCUCACUGGAGCGCGCAUCAAAGUGCCCAACUACUCCCCUACUCGACGACCCAUAAGUGGGGUGUCAUCCCGCCCGCUGCCUUCUCCUGGGAGCGCAUCAUCCAUGUCCCACCACAUCUUGACGGUGGGCGACCCUGACUUCCCCCCUCCACGCCGCACGCAGCGCCUCAGCCCCCUGUCUCCCAGCAGCGUCCCCCAUGCCCACCGCUCCCCCCUCCCGCCGCAGGCCGCUGCUAGCAACAGGACUAGUCCCCCCAGCACCUCUCUCAGGGCCAUGCCGCCUCUCCCGGACAACCCCCUGGCGGGGAGCGGCUUCAGGCAUACUUCUACCUCUGACGGGCAGCGCCCCCUACCUACCUCACCCCCUCCCUCGCCCCCGCCCGUCCCGCCAGAGCUGGCUUUCGAGCUCAACGUCUCCGACCUGGAGUUUGACGACAGCCUCCUGGACGAGCCUUUCCAGGAGGAGGAGCUGGGCGUGCCGCGAGCCUGCCCCUCGCCCAGCCUGGAGCUGCCCCAGCUGGACGGCCUGGGCGACGGCGAGAGCGAGGAGGAAGGGGAGGCCAGCCGCUACUUCCGCUUCCCCCGCACGGUGGUAACCCGGGAGCCGCCCCUGCCGCCGUACCCACUGGACCUCCCUCUGCCCCACAUCCACCAGCUCGACGGCAUCGACGACGGGACCGACAGCGAGGCGGACGGGGCAGGGGGCCACCCUCCGGCCAAGGGCAAGCAAGCAGAGCCGAGAGUCGAACGGGAGCUGGCUGGCCCUGCUCCUGCGCCGGAGGACCUGCCCUCGGACAUUGUGGACUUCGUCCUGAAGAAUAUGGACACGCCGGAGAGCAAGGCGCCGCUCUCCUCCUGCCUCAACCAGGUGGCCUCGCCGCCACCAGCACCCCCUACCUCUGCCAGCCUCAACGGCACCGAGGCAGCCCACCCCAGCCCUGCUCCAGACCUGGCCCCGACCCUGGGUUGUGCCCAGGUGCCAGGCACCCCUGAGGUCAAGCUGCUGGGACCCGAGGGGCAGCUGCCCGGCUCCAGAAUCAUCCUCGUGAACAAGCUGGGACAAGUGUGCAUGAAAGUGCAGGGGGAGGAAGGCGCCUUGAGCACCCCGGACGGGGAGCAGGCCUCUGGCUGCAAGGCCGUGCCAAGCCCAGCGCCGCCACCUCCUGCGCCCGUGCCCAACCUUGGCACGGUCAUAUUGCGAGCGCCCCUGGGCCUCACUUCCAGCCCUUUGCCCACGUGGACCAUCCGGGGCCCGGUGCUCAGCAUGGUGCCCAUGAUGAACAUGGUGGGCGCCGCCCCUCAGGCCGUUGGCGGGGGCCAGCUGGCACUGGGCACUCCAGCUCUGGUGACGCCCUCACUGGGGAUCCCACAGACAUGUCUGCUUCAGCCAGUGGCUGUGAAUUCCGGCGUGCUCAGCAUCCCCGGCUUGGUGUCCUUGCCGGGCCCCCGGCCGGCCAUCCGGGUCAAGAGGGUCUCCACCUUCGUUGGAAGCAUGCCUGUCAAGAAGGCCAAGGUGGAGGGCGCCAAUGAAGAGGAGCCGCUGUCCGUGUUGCCCACCGUCACGCCAGAUCACUUGGUGAAUAACUGCAUUUCUGGCAGCACAGCGGGCUCAGGCAUGGGGAGGGUGCGGAUGAAGACCCCCACCGCCAAGGGCGUCCUUGACCUGGAUGCGCUCAAAGAGGAGGAGGCAGGCACUGUCGGCGAGCGUGAGCUGUCUCCGAUGGACCAUUCGCCCUCCUUCACAGCCUUACAUUCCCAUCCUGGAACGCCGGAACCAAACCAAGAGGCUCUGCUGGAGCCAGUCUGGCAUAGAUAUGCAGGGGAUCUCUCCAGCUCAGACGAGGACAAUCUGAAGCAGGAGGACAAAGAGAAUGAGAUGCCCCGCAAAACGCAGCCCCACCUGUGCUUCGAGAUCACCAGCGAGGACGGCUUCAAUGUGCAGGCUGACAGCAUAGAUGGUGCCUGGAAAGCAGUGAUUGAGAAGAUUCAGGAGGCCCGCACCAAUGCCCGGCUCAAGCACCUCUCCUUUGCAGGGAUGAACGGGGUGCGGCUGUUGGGGAUGCACCACGAUGCCGUCAUCUUUCUGGUGGAACAGCUGUAUGGUGCCAAGGCCUGCCACAAAUACAAGUUCCGGUACCACCAGCAUGAAGGCGAGGAGGAGGAGCUUCCGCUCAACCCUCACGGCUGCGCCCGAGCUGAAGUCUACGUCAGGAAAUGCACUUUUGAUAUGUUCAACUUCCUGGCAUCGCAACAUCGUGUGCUUCCUGAGGGAGGCCCUUAUGACGAAGAGGAGGAUGAAGUGCAGCUCAAGUCCACCAGGCGAGCCACCAGCCUGGAGCUACCCAUGGCCAUGCGGUUUCGGCAUCUGAAGAAAACCUCCAAGGAAGCUGUGGGCGUGUACAGGUCAGCCAUCCAUGGCCGGGGCCUGUUCUGCAAGCGGAAUAUCGAUGCAGGCGAGAUGGUGAUCGAAUACUCUGGCAUCGUGAUCCGCUCGGUGCUGACAGACAAGCGUGAAAAGUACUAUGACAGCAAGGGCAUAGGCUGCUACAUGUUCCGCAUCGACGACUUUGACGUGGUGGACGCCACGAUGCACGGCAACGCCGCCCGCUUCAUCAACCACUCCUGCGAGCCCAACUGCUACUCGCGGGUCAUCCACGUGGAGGGCCAGAAGCACAUCGUCAUCUUUGCCCUGCGACGCAUCUUCCGGGGCGAAGAGCUCACCUAUGACUACAAAUUCCCCAUUGAGGACGCUGGCAGCAAGCUCCCUUGCAACUGCGGGGCUAAGCGCUGCCGCCGUUUUCUCAACUGAGAGGCAUUUUUUUUGACCCGUGACCUGAUUCCUCAGCUCUGUACCUUUCUCCCAGCCUGGCGUCAGUGAGGGGGGACACCAAGAGGCAUGUCGGGAGCUUAACCCACCUCACUGUAGCUUUCCAAGUGGGUUGCUACAGGACUGACUCAUCCCCUUAGUUCCCUGAGGCACGGAGAUGGCUCAUCUCCCAGGAGCAUCAGUGAUGCCCGUUUUGUCUGGGAAGAGCGGAUGCUCUUGGCAGUGGACCUGUCUGUGGCUUGAAAUUAUGGCAAGCAGAGAUAUGGGGCAAGUGUGGGAAGGGUAAUCCCCCCUAGUCCCUUAUCUGUGCCCGUCUGCUUCGUAGACCUGAUUUUCUUUCCCUCUCCCUUGUGGGGUGAGAACAACUUUUUCUUUAAUUUUGUACUUCUAACUUUUGUGAUUCUCUUUCCUUUCCCGCUAAGGCUUUCUGUUUUAAAGUUAAAAAACAAAACAAAAAAAACAUCAAACCCAGGAGGAUGUAAAUAUUUGUACAAAUUUCUAAACCUGUUUAUUUUCUAUGCACUUUUUUAUUUAAGAUGCUCAGUCAACUCAGACGGUAAAGGGUUGGAUUCUUGUUGGUAUAAUUUUAAAUAAAACGCAAUUUUGACACAA